AUGUCAAAUGUUAGACGUUAUCUUUCUAACGAUAGUGAUGUUGAAGAAUCUGAUGAAAUUGAACCAUUGUCCCCUGUUUUUCAACGUCCACUGUUUAGAAGCCGUAAAUAUUCUCUGGACUUACCAGGCAUCGUGACAUCAAAGCUUACGCAAGAACAACCAUUAAAACAUGGUAUCGGAUCAAAGUUGGUUGUAGUAAUGACUGGAUUGCCUGCGCGUGGAAAAUCAUACAUUGUAAAGAAACUUAAACGUUAUUUAUCAUGGUUACAGUAUGACACCAAGGUUUUUAAUGUUGGAAAUUUACGUCGUAACACUGCUCAGUUAAUCAAAAACGGGUCUCAUUCAUAUUCAUUCUUUGAUCCUGCUAAUGAAUCCGCGAAGAAAGUUAGAGAGCAGCUUGCAAUGGAUUGUUUGGAUGAGUUGAUUGAUUGGCUAAAUAAGGGUGGCAGAAUUGGAAUUCAUGAUGCCACAAAUUCAACAUUGGAAAGAAGAAGGAAAAUAUUGGAACGCUGCCAGCGUGAACCUACUAUCAAAGUACUGUUUAUUGAAUCAAUAUGUGACGACAGGAAGGUUUUGGAAUCAAACAUGCGUCUCAAACUCUCAGGACCAGAUUAUAAAAAUAUGGAUCCUGAAGUAGCAUUGUCAGAUUUUCGUAAACGUGUCGCUAAUUAUGAAAAGGCCUAUGAAACUAUUAGUGAAGAGGAGGAAAAGGCUGAUAUGCAAUAUUGUAAAUUAAUUAAUGUGGGUAAAAAGAUUAUUGCACAUAAUAUACAGGGUUAUUUGAGUGGUCAAUGUAUAUUCUAUUUAAUGAAUUUCAAUCUUGCUGAUCGACAAAUAUGGCUUUCAAGACAUGGCGAAAGUACAGAUAAUGUAAUAGGAAAAAUAGGUGGUGAUUCGCCGUUGUCCGAAAGGGGCCGUAAAUUUGGUGCAUGUCUUUCUCGUUUUAUUUAUACGCAAAAAAGGCUUUUCCGAAAAAAACAGAUGGAUGAUUAUCACGCAGCGUCAUCAUCAUCACUUCCUGCUUUUGAGCCCUCAGUAAGAAAUUUCUUGGUUUGGACAAGUAUGCUGAAGAGAACAAUUGAGACAGUAGAAAAUUUUGAUCAAACAGAAUUUGACGUUAUGGGUCAGUGUGAAGAUAUGUCAUAUCGCGAGAUUGAAGCUAAGUAUCCGAAAGAAUACAAUGAACGGAUAAACAACAAACUUUACUUCCGUUACCCAGGAAUGGGUGGUGAAUCUUAUUUAGAUGUUAUUCACAGAGUAAAUCCGUUAAUUGUCGAGCUAGAAAGAAUGACCGACGAUAUAUUAAUCGUCACGCAUAAGGUCGUGCUCAGAAUUUUAUUGGCAUAUUUUUUGGACGUUGAAAAGGAAAAGGUUCCGAACAUGGAAGUUCCAUUACAUACAAUAUAUUGCUUGCAGCCUAAACCAUACGGUACCGAAUUGAAGAAGUGGAAGUAUGACGAAGAAAAAGAUGAUUUUUUUCCAGUAGAAUAUUAA